AGGUUGACAUUAAAAUCGAAUCAGAAUAUGCUUACCAUGUCAAUGGAAGACAUUCUUCUCCUACUAAGCAAAUACUAUGAUAUUCUUCUGGUUUCAAUACUUGUCAUAAGUAUUACUGCACUUUACUUGUCAAAGGGAGCUAAAAAUGCAAAAAACUGCAUACCUGGGAGUUUGGGAAUACCUUUCGUGGGUGAAACCUUUGCACUUCUAUCAGCAACCAACAGUGUCAAAGGUUGUUAUGAAUUUGUUAGACUUCGACGCGAAUGGCAUGGAAAAUGGUUCAAAACCAGAAUUUUCGGGAAGAUACAUGUGUUUGUUCCAAGUGUUGAGGGUGCGAAAGAAAUUUUUACUAAUGAUUUUGCUCUAUUCAACAAGGGCUACGUGAAAUCGAUGGCAGAUGCUGUGGGAAAGAAAAGUUUGUUAUGUGUUCCUCAAGAAAGUCACAAAAGGAUUAGGCGCCUCCUAUCUGAUCCUUUCUCUAUGAAUUCACUGUCUAAGUUUGUCCAGAGAUUUGAUAAAAUGCUAUAUGAAAGAUUGAAGAAAGUACAAAAGGAAGGGAAGAGUUUCACUGUGCUUGACUUCAACAUGAAGAUAACAUUCGAUGCAAUGUGCGAUAUGCUGAUGAGCAUCAAAGAUUCUUCUCUGCUAGAACAAAUUGAAAAAGACUGCACUGCUAUUUCUGAUGCCAUGCUGUCCUUUCCAGUCAUGAUUCCGGGCACCAGAUAUUUUAAAGGCAUCAAGGCACGUGGAAGGCUAAUGGAGACCUUUAAGGGAAUGAUAACAGCUCGGCGCAAUGGGAAGGAAUAUUAUGAAGACUUCCUGCAGUCCAUGUUGGAGAAGGAUUCAUGUCCAGCUAAUCAAAAGCUUGAUGAUGAAGAGAUCAUGGAUAAUUUGUUAACGCUGAUAAUUGCAGGGCAGACAACAACUGCUGCUGCAAUGAUGUGGAGUGUCAAGCUUUUGGAUGAGCACAGAGGAGCCCAGAACAGGCUCAGAGAAGAACAGCUUUCAAUACUCAGAAACAAGCCUAAUGGAGCCUUACUAACUAUGGAUGAUCUCAAUAGCAUGUCCUAUGCGUCAAAGGUUGUGAAGGAGACGUUGAGGAUGUCGAAUGUCUUGCUAUGGUUCCCUCGGGUUGCACUUAAUGACUGUAGUAUUGAAGGUUUUGAAAUAAAGAAAGGGUGGCAUGCGAACAUAGAUGCAACGUGCAUACACUACGAUCCAACAUUAUACAAAGACCCUAUGCAGUUCAAUCCUUCAAGAUUCGAUGAAAUUCAAAAACCAUAUAGCUACAUUCCUUUUGGAUCAGGACCCCGUACUUGCUUGGGAAUUAACAUGGCAAAAGUGACCAUGUUGGUGUUUUUGCACAGAUUAACAACUGGAUACAAAUGGACAGUUGACGAUCCAGAUCGCAGCUUGGAAAGAAAAGCCCAUAUUCCCAGAUUAAGAAGUGGGUGUCCAAUAACUUUGACAGCCUUGGUGGAUGAAUAGCAAACUUCUCCAAAUGGGCCCAUUAAGAAGAUAGAUAACAAGUUACAAAUUUUAUUGUGGAACAAUGGGUCAAGUAAUUGAUAGGAAUGGAUGAUGUAAUCCACAACUUUUCCGUGCUUCUCCUAGUUGAUAAUUCAAAAGUAUGAAUAUG